AUGGCCAAACCCACACGCUUCGCCGGCUCUCAUGAGCCCUUGCAAAUCUAUCAAGACGACUUUUUCGAGAACUCGACAGCAAUGAUCAACCACGCACCCAUGCCCGCUAUAUCAAAACCACCGAGACGACCACUCGGCGCCGCAAGCAAUAAUAACGUUAUUCUCAACCCUCCCGCGCUCGCAUCCGACAGACACUCGCCUUUGAAGGCAUUAUCAGGCAACACAAAAUCGCCUCUCGCCCCGCUGAAAUCCCAAGGCAACAAGUUGAACAUGGUGCCCAUGGCGCCGCCGUCAGCAAAGGCACCAAAUACCGACUCGCUGCACAAGAAGCCAUACUUGUCCAAGUUCAAGACGGUCGCGCAAAAGCCUCCAGUCGUGGAUCUCGCCGCCGGCUUCGGCAAGGAAAAUGUCCACCCCCAGCUCUAUCCUGCACCGCCGACAAUCAACUUGGACCAGUUCUACAUGCACAAGGGACCGGGCAAGCGCACAUUAAUGGAAGCCGCCCCCAUUAAGGAAUCGAGACCGCUCAAGAAGGUCAAGCCCGAAGAGUGCGGCCUCCCGCCACACGAUUCCUUUCCUCCAAUCGUCGACGAUGGGACGAAACCCGGCCACAGCUACGCGACUUUGAUCGGAAUGGCUAUCCUCCGCUCACCCCAACGACGACUCACUCUUGCACAAAUUUACAAGUGGAUUUCCGACACGUACUCAUUUUAUAAGGCGGAGGAAUCGGGAUGGCAAAACAGUAUUCGUCACAAUCUUAGUCUUCACAAAGCUUUCAUCAAGGUGGAGCGGCCAAAGGACGACCCAGGCAAAGGCAAUUACUGGACUAUCCAGGAGGGCAUGGAACAGCAGUUCAUGAAGGACAAGCCGGCAAGGAAGACCGCCACGACCGCCGAGAACGUGCCUGUCAUGUCGACCCGAAUGGAACCGUCGAGACCGGUCAACGUCCCUAUCCAGGAGCCGACUCUGCCGCCUCCCGCACCGAUCAACCACGCCACGCUUCCGCCGCUGCCUACUUCUCAGGCUACUGUGGCCGUCGAAUUUUCAUCGGACGCGACUAUUCCCGUUUCCGACUCCGCUGCACCGGAAGAUGCACACGACAAGGGACUGGAUCAGGACUGCUCUCCCCUGCCGCCUACGAUGCACUCUUCACCGCCGAUUCCGCGACACAUGGAGCCCCGCAGUCGUACGCCUCCGCCGCCUGGCCGCGGACCAGUCUCUUCAAUUACGAGAUCCCACAAGAGGAAGUUUGCCUCCAUGGACGACAGCGGCUAUAUCUCGUCCCUUGAAUCGUCGGCCCUACGACAGCCCAAGACCGGUAUCCUGACCUCGGAGGCUGACCGCCCUCGCAAGCGCAACCGCGCCGGCAGGGCCGAGGAUGAGAUUGCUCGCUUGCGUGCGUCGUCUUAUGACAGCCCUAGCAAGGGUCGCUCGUACAACGCGUUCGCCCCACCAUCCUCGUCGCCGCUCCGCCAACAAGGCCAGAUGCUGCCACCGCUGACCCCUGCUAUGAAGUUGAAGCCGCCCACCAAGGCGCCGCCGUCCGCAUCGCCCAACACCAACCUGCGUCUUCACCGUGACCAUGUCCGUCAGAUGCUCCAGUCUCCGCUGCGCAAGAUGGCCGGCACCGGUGAUGGUAACGCGCCUUGGAGCCCUGCCUUCAACCUCGAUGAGACAGCUUACAACUACAACCUCCUGGCGCCUGGCGAUUUUGACAUUUUCCAGGACAUGGACAAUGACUUUUUUGACGGGCUUCCCCAAGAGUCACCGUCCAAGAAGUCGGUGAAGCGGCCCCGUGUUGAGCGCACAAAUUCGGCCAACGCCUUGGCGGAGGCCACUGACUCUGCCAACGGUAACAAAUCGGUCAUCUCCACACCGUUUCUGAAGGCCCCCGCGCAAAAUUCUACCCUGUGGGAGACCCCCAGCAAGGUAUUUGAUGGGCUCUCAUCUCCCAUCAAGGGCAACGACAACACUUCUCAGUGGAGGUUCCCUUCGCCGACGAAGAUUUCUUCCUCUUUUUACGAAGUAGCGGCCGAGGGCGACUGGCCCUCUUUCACAUUCGACACCACUGACUUUAUGUCCGAGGACCCCAACGAGUACUCGGGUCUCGACAUUUUGCAGGGCUUUGAGAAGAUUGGCUCGGGCUCUCAGCCUAAGCCUUCAGGCUCCAAGCCCGGCAAGCCUGCUUUUGGACGGAGCUACACCACGCAAUUCUAA